CCGGUUGAAAGUUGGAUGAAAACACGUAAUAAAUUAAUACGUUGCUAAGAUUGUUUAUCGGUCGAGCAAGUUGUGCAACUAUGUAAUAUAGUAUUAUCCUAUUUCCCAUAUAAACAUGUACCUUACACAGGGCAAUCAAUACUGAAGAGACUUAUCACAGUAAUGAUUAUAAAUAUUUAGUUAGCUCAUUACUAGGUGCGAUAGUUUAUCACUAAUUGAGGUAGCUGAAAUCUGGUCGGAAAAAAAAAGCCAAGUAAACGAUAACAGCAGCAAGACGUGUUUUUUUUUUUUAUAAAUAGGAGCAAUGUCGGGCAACGGUUAGAGGUGAAACCACGACGCUCUAGCUUUUGUUAUUAGUUGUAUGAUAUUUGUAACUUGAUGUGCACUCCAGACUACAAUGGCGCUUGCACCUGCACCAUAUUACUAUUUUUUUUUACGCGACUUCUGCGCCGUUGUAUGCAUUGCCUUAAGCCUUUUCCAAUUGAAACACGAACAUCAAAUCCCCUACGAGCUGUUUUUUUUUUAAGAGCAGAGCACUUAGCUAUAAAGUAUCGACAGACGACUGGUCUUAUAAUUGUUUGGCGACUUAGAAACAUGGCACCUGUAAUAGCGAAGGAAAUAAAAAAAAAAUUGCGAUAGAAUACAGACAAACCGAAGGCGACCUGAAUAGCAGCAAAACAGCCUGCAAUAUGGGCCUGGAUCGUAUCAUACUUCGGUGCGCGCACGCAGAAGGAGGGAUCACGGUGUCAACUUCUAUUAUAGGUAUCUAUCUUAAUUUACAAAUGCUUUAAGAAUAGGAGAAUAAUAAUAAUAAUAAUAAUAAUAAUAAUAAUAUAGUUUCUGUUUUAUUAGCUUCGCCGAAAAAAUACGUUUGCUAGCCCUCUAAAAUAGUGAAAACUGUUUCGUUUCUACAAUGCAAAUUGGCCUACGCUUUUUGGCCGCUCGUUCAAAACGGUCCUAUUCGCUAUGAUCGUUCAAUGGACGCCAUGUCUUUUUUGUAGAUAGUUCUCAGCAAAUUCAAUAGGUGAAUGCGGUUUACGGGUGGAAGGCCCUGGCAACAAGGGGUAAAUUCACGAAGAGUCACAAACAAUGAUCGACUUGAAAUUCAAGUACCGAGUAAUAUUUAUGGACAGAGCUUAAGUUCUCUUCAAUAUUUAUCUUCUCCUUGAAGCUCAAACACAAUGGUCUUAUUCUAACACGUUUUCAUCUCAUUCUUAGAUUCAUGUGCGUCAUAGAUUAACUGACAAUCUGGUUGGCUUCGCAGCUGUUAUGUUCCCGUCUCUGGCACAUUUUGCUUUAGCUAGCCAAGCAGUAAAUAGUCGACGGCUUUCCACGAUUGCCUGCGCGAUUCGCACACGUUUCGUUGUUAUCGGGGCGCUGCAAGCGGCACACGCUUUCAGUUGUGCGCGCGCAGGACGCCGACAAAAGCGGCAACGAUUUGGUGACAAAACGUUUCAGACGCUAGGGCGGGGAGUUGACUCCGUUCGGGGCAAGAAAAAAUACGUGCGAAACCGUUGAUCACUGUCAAAUAUUCCCGAUAAUUUGCUUCUAACCUACCUCCAUCAUUGUAAAAUCUCAACGGAAGUGGUAGAAAAACCGCUGUGAACACAAGCGAUGGCAAGUUAUUCGCUGUUUUCGAUGGAGGCAUGUAAAAUAGAAAGCAAUGUCAUUGACACCGCUAUACGUAUACCCUAGCCGAACCAAUAGUGGAAUCUAAAAAGUAUCAAGUGGCAACAGAAUUACAAGAACUGGAAGGGGACAUUUUAACUGUAGUCAGCCGCUAAACUCGAACUGUUAAUGAAUAGCUGAUAAAGAUAUGGCUAGUAUGACUGAUACGGAAGAACCCGAUUGGAGUGCCUAGAAGCUGACUUGAUGCGUCGCGGUCUACAGGCCUCUAGCAGAAUUUUAGCAGCGAAUUGCGUACUCGGGGACAAUUACUCUUAGUGUGGUACCUGUAUAAAGUUCAGAACCACAAAUCUCCGCCAAACUAUUGCAACAUGAUAGACUUGAGCACUGCGGUGACGUCUGCACGCUAUAUACGUCGCGAUAAUUUCAGAUUACAUGCCAUGUAAAGGAGACCCAUACCGGAAUCAGUUUAUUCCGCGUAUCGUUCCGUUAACAUUCGGUCGAUCCCUAAUCAUUCUUGGUUAAAGCUGCAAACCACUAACGGCGGAGGAAUCGUUGGUGAUUAAACCAUGAAACAAUGAGUUUGUAGCUGAUCUGCCUUCGAUGAUAUAGCAAAUGGUGGGAGAGCCUCUGAUUCAAAUUCGACCAGUUGAUAAUAAAAGUUUGAAAGCAUCAGCGUGCCUCUAAACGUGGCAAGGUAGAGAAUGAGCAGUGUCGCACAAACCAGCUAAAUGAAGUCUCUAUGGAUGACUUGUUCGCGUAGUCAUAACCGACUUAAGAUGUGCUCUGUUAUUAUACAGUGAUUUUUAUGGAAAAGUUAACUAAUCAUUAUAAUGACACGCAGGUUUAUCAUUCUUGUUCAUCGUAUAUUCCGUAGCCGCAGUAGAGUUUAAUUUUCACGCUUGCAACGUAUUCACGGAGCAAGCCCGCCAUUUUCAAAGUGCGCAGCUAGCACAUCCUGUAUAGGCCGUCUUCGGCCUUUGAAAUCGUUGUUCCGGCACCUCUGCCAGAGUUGAUGUUAAGUGAAUGAGGUGUGGAGACGGCGUGCAGGACACAGGAUUAGGAUAAAGUAACGAAACAACGAACGACUUUCGCCUUAAACCUCAUGAGUGAUGUACUACACUAUGAUUUAUAGCUGAUAGUUGCUUAGGAAAUGCCAUUGAUAUUAUAGUUUGAACUAUUUGUGAAAAAGCCAAUGGCCAAACUUCGCAUGGAGAUUAAGCUUCAUGUUUUACAUGACGACUAAACAUAAAUCGUAUGUUUCAAAGAAAACCAUUUACCGUGCGUUGGGCUGCAAUGGUCCUUUACGUUCGAUAGUAUUGGGAAGUCGAACAAGUAAAGUAUCUCUGUCCUCUAUAUGAAUGUCUACAUACGCGUUUGGUUUAGAGUCAUCUAUGCGAACGAAUGACAUAUAAUAUUCUGUAGAUUAUGAUCUACUUAUUAAAAGCGUUGAAGCAAGUGGUUGUCUAGAUAUCUAGCGUAAAAAGAGCUAUUCAAUCUAUGUCAAAUCUCCCUUAUUAACUCUGGCUUCGCACCGUCUGGGCUAGAACAGAUAGUAUUUGGUUUGGUAUACCACUUUAUAUAUUAAAUAUUAAAAUGACUAAAUAAAAAAGGAAGGCCCCUCGAACUUGAGCCUAACCUCAAUUUAGAUCACCCUAAUUUGAUCCCUUUCGAAUAUCUAUUAAACAUAGAGCUAAUAUAACAGAAAUGACAGAGGUCACUUAUCACACUAAGAGUAGAAAACGAACAGAAGCUUAUAAUUAAUUAAAUAAUUUAACAAGAUUGCUCCAAUGAACGCAGUAAUACUGUGGUACCUUGCUUAGUUUUAAUUCGGCCAAAAAGUAGUUCGUUUCUCGAUCAUUUUACGAUAAGUAAGGUUAAAAACAGACAGUCAGCCAGUGAGCUUCGUCGCGUAUCUAGCUGCCAGGUAGUGGUAACAAGGUUUAUGAUUUUACCGACUUUUUUCGUCGCAAAAACAGUAAGGGUUACAAAACAAGCCAGUUCAGUCUUAACCAGUCAACACCUUUGUUGUUACUUCGUGGGUUGCUUAGACGACGUCAGCUUAGUCAGAAACGACUGAAUAUAAGCUAGCUUCUGCUAAGAUCUCUAGAUGCAGUCAUAGCAAUAGAUCAAAAGCAUAUGGAUCAUAAGGUAAUUGGACCUUCAUUGUGUCCAGUUAGAACGUGUUACAAUCCGGACACCGAGAUGUCGCUACGGAGAACAUCUAGCAUGAUUAGUUAUAGCACUCGUUGUAAGAAAACAACAAACGUUAGCGUUAUAUGCUCACUAAAUCUCAAUUCGAAGAAAAAGUUCGAAGAGGCUGAAAGAAAAGGUCAACUUUUAGUACCUAAAAUAGGCAAACAAGCAGUAUAACUAAAAAUGAUGACUACUUAGUAAAUUUUAUACCGUGACCAGGAUGUGUAAAGUAGAUGAAUGAUUGGUGAAGGCCAAAUACAUUUGCGAUAGACGUCCGCAAACUCGGUAAAAAAAAGAAUGCGAUACCCAAGGGCAAAGAGCGCCGAAGACACUUGGCAUGAAGAGCACCAGGUAAAUAUACGUUAUUUCUACCUACUGCAGUACUAACUAGUACGCAGCUCAUAUAAUCACUACCUUUAGAUUGUAAUUGCGGUGUUUUUUUCCCUGUUCAGCAAAACAAUAUGAGUACGUUAUUGUUGACGAAGGCCCAGUGGCAUUGGCUGGCCUGGCGACGUUCAUAAUCAUUUGCUACGUACGCUCUAGCACCUGGACGUCAUCAUCUGCGAUGUCAUGCAGCAAAUUGCAUGGAAAAGGGUAAUAUGCACUAUAAGAAAAUCGAUGCAGAAGAUGAGCGUCACAAUUCGAAGUGUUAGAAGCGUGUCGCUUGUUAUUCGUAGUAAAUUAUUCUACGCAGCGAAACCUAAAUUUUAAGUUAAGCGUUAACUUUGCUGAUGAAGUUAGACAAACAAAACGAAUUUGUUUCACUGUAAAAUCGUGUGACUAUAACAAAUCUCUCUCAUAAUGCUAAAGGCAACGAUUGUCUUGGUACCAUCUUCUUCAAUUCAUUGGACUCAUCGUUCUUUGAUUUGGAUCGUAUCAGUUUAGCAAAGCUGUCCUCCCUUGUCGGUUACUGUGAACUUUCACCUUCUGCUCUUGCUUCGCGAAGCCGGUGAGGGCACUCGGUAAGGAGAACGAUUCUGUAGGCGAGGGCGGCCUAUAGUAGGUUUUUUCAUGUGUAAGACUCACUCCGGUGACGUUAGACUGACUAGCGUCACACUGCCCAGAUUACUCUGAGCACCGCUAUAGAUCUGCCCUUCUGUUACUAUUGUGUUCAGCGUUGCUGGCAAUUAUGGCGACAGCAGUUUGUGUAGCGAAAUGGCCGCUGAGACCACUUCGAGUGUUGACAGUUUGAACGUUCUUAACGGUCCGUUCCUCACGUAGGCAAGCAUUGAUAGCAUAGAGCUUCUUGACAGUGUGUAGCAACCAGCUAAAUCAGCAAGAAUAAGACAUCGGAUUGAAAAUUAGAUUUGCGUAGGCGGCGCAGGAAGCACGGUGGUACAGGUCUCAGAUGCGGCACGAAACUGCCUGCCUUACACACAGCAGUAGAGUUCGAUAAACGGUACGUUCCAAUGAUUGAGGUCUACACACUGCUAGCGCUGUUCAACGGUUUCUAAAGUGCUGUGCUUUGAUAAUGAGCUGGCUGCAUGUCGACAAAAUGAGAGCGUCCUGAACUUAAAGAACGAACCAUAUGGCUAUUCCAGCUAGACACUAGCUCUAAAUGAAUGAAUAAUGUCGAUUCGAACCCCUUUUCUAUAAACAUCUAUUACGAAAGCCCCAUUACGUCUGCUUUGCCCGGAGCAAUCCCCGCGCUCAGCGUCGUACAGAAUCACGAUGAAGAUUCGUCUAGCGCAAGAAUGGCGGCCCUGUCCACGCCAGAACUUCCAGCCGAGAGCGUCACUGCAAAAGAUCUCGCGCUUCAUCACCCGAACCGAUGGAUGUCCUUCAUUUUUCGACCUAUAGAUGCUCUUUUGGAGAUAAUCCUAUCGGUCAUGGACAGCCUGGACUGCGUGGGUGAGAUGAUCGCUGGACAAUUAGAUCCUCACGGUCGGACACUUUUUUCAUUUUUUGUACUACAGGAGGAGGAGACUGCCAACGACCCAAUGGGUGGCAGCAGUACCCAGAACGGCGCCCCUGGGACAGGCGCGCCCAGUGCAGCGAAACCUCGCGUGAUUCUUGACGGGUGUUAUUAUCGGUAUCCGAACACAACGAGCCUCCGGUAUCAACUACAGCUCUACGAGAACGAGUUCGUCUUUCAAGCAAAAGGGAAGACGACAAGAAUAAAAAUGGAAGAUGUCAUUGGCUGUCACGUAAUGCGGCUGAGCACGGCAUCUUGUUCCGCGAAUGAGCAUUCCGCGUUCUUCUGCAUCUACGCUUACCAUUUAGCUUCAGGCAAAGGACUAAAGGGCGCCAGUGGCCUGACACGACAAAGACACACGUAUGUGUUUGAGGUGGACGUGUGUGCCACAUACGAGAAUAAUCUUCGUGCUGCCAGGAAAUGGCAGAGUGCCUGUUUGUGGAUUCUUCGAGGAUACCGUUUCGAAACGAAUCAAGAUACUGGAGACAUUAUUGUUCCCGAGUCAUUACCCGCACAGCGGCGCUAUCUCUGUCUCGUUAAUCCAAAAUCAGGACCAGGUCGUAGUCUCGAGAUCUUUCUAGACCGUGUGCGACCCGUUCUUUCCGAAGCUGACAUCUCUUACCUGAUGCUCGUUACCGAGCGGUUCAACCACGCUCGUGAGUUCGUACGAAACCUGGAACUGAAUCAGUGGAGCGGAAUUAUUAUCGUAUCAGGAGAUGGACUCUUACAUGAAGUGUACAACGGUCUCAUGGAACGACCUGAUGCUGACCAGGCCAUCAGAAUACCAGUUGGAAUUAUACCCGGAGGCUCCGGAAAUGGUCUAGCCAGGUCUAUCUGCCACGCUUCUGGGGAACCAUACCUCUCCGACCCAGUCCUUGCCUGUACGCUGAGUUGCGUAAAGGGACGUGUACAACCAUUGGACCUGUGCAAGAUUGAUAUGCCUAAGAAGGAGCCAAUCUAUUCGUUCCUUUCGUAUGGCUGGGGUAUCAUGAGCGACAUCGACAUCGAAUCUGAGAAGCUUCGCUCUUUUGGGGAGAUUCGUUUUACACUUUGGGCAUUAUGGCGGAUUUUUAGUCUUCGAACGUACUCGGGGAGGGUUUCCUAUCUUCCCGCCACGGAGCAACGACUCCGACACGUGCCAGUGAUCAAGAAGAGUUCGGUCCCUGCUGGAGAGGUUCCAAAUAGUGAGACGAUACAACCCGAACAAAAAUGUAUCAUAGACGAAGAACCAAUUAGUGAUGAGCCAUUAGCGUCGCCAUCUUUGACCAGCCCUACGUUGAAUAGCAAACAAACGAAAUUAGCUGGAGCUGGAUUUCGUAGUUUUGCGUCGGGAAUUCCAAACGAUAACUUUGUCGAUACGGAGCAGGUUAACGAGUCCAGAGUACUUCGAUCUCGAAGUGUUUUUGAGAACAUCAGUAAGGAAGUUACGGGAAACGGACCACUGAAGCGGGUCGAAGACGACGGAAUUGAUCGCUGCAAAAAUUUGGUAGAGCACGUAACGGUAUCUGAGUUACGGCAUGCGCCACCGCCAAAAAAUCGAAUCUUCAAGGGCAAAGGCUCCAAGGCUGAAGACGACGAUAAGGACAGCAUCGAUCAAAGUGUGGCAGCAGAUGUCAAUGGAAAUGCUCCUAGUAGGGACACGGAGCAAGCGGAAAACAGCGAGCCGCAAGACACUUUUCCCGGUGUCGAUGAUCCUCUGCCCCCUUCGUGGCAGGUUGAGGAAGGGCGCUUCGUCAUCAUCUACAGUUCGCUUGUCAGUCAUCUCGGCACCAAACUGUUCUUUGCGCCGCAGGCCCGACUUGACGACGGUGUCUGCUGGCUGAUGAUGAUCAAGGGGGAAGCAUCACGACGACAGAUUGCCUCAUUCUUUAUCAAUCAAGAAGUGGGCAGACAUGUUGACCUACCCUGGGUGCGGCUUCUGCCCGUCAGAGCAUUUCGAGUUGAAAGCUUCGACGAUAGCAUUAUGACAAUCGAUGGCGAAGUGGUCGAUACAAACUCAGUACAAGACUCGAUGGGCAAGCCGCAGCUAACACACCGAUACAAUUUUGUAUAAUAGAUGACGGUUAGCGAUCGUGCACUUACCACGCGUAAGUAACGGAACAGUCGAGUGUUCGCGGAUAUAGAUGCGGAAAUUGUAUUUCUAUAUGAUCAUUUUAUAGAACAAUGCUAAUGCUGAAGCGCAUGAAGACGUGCUACAAGUAAGUUGUGUGUAGAAAUAGGCACUAGUAUGCCCAUAUAAUCUGAUAGGAGUAAAAUUCAGUGAAGCCGACAAAGUACAAUGUGAGAAGCUAGUGCGGCGGCGACAUAAAUCUCGCAUUUUACUUUGUCUUGCUACUAUAAUUAUCUGCUGAAUUUAAGCACAGUGCUAUAGCGGCUAAACGUAAAAGCUAUUGAGUAUGGUUAAGUCCACUGGCCAUCUUGGUAUCACGCAAAAAAAGGGGGAAUGGGAUAAAAUGUAAGGUUGCGACGUGACGUUUUUGUUAUAUUGAGUUGUGUCAAGGAAAAAAAAGUUUCUCUGACACCUCAUGACUUAACACAUGAAUAAAACCAACAAUAGCAAAGGCCAGCACGGGGCUCGAUUGCCUCAGUCUUCUGUGAUGUUCGCUGUCUUCAGAAUCACUCAAGUAGCCUUAUGUUGAAAGCCUCACAAUGUGUUUCUGUAUCGCUGACGAAAUAAGUAAUCUGUAACGCUAGCUUUGUCGUACUAAAUCGCUUAUAAGUAAACCGCUAAGAAGGCAGACCAAUUGCAGAAUGGCUACGGUAAAGGGACCCAAAAUAUGCUCAUAUCUGAAGGAUGUAAAAACAGAAAUCACUUUUUCUAAUAACGUAAGUUGGGCUAACUCUUUUUAAAAACAUCACCUCCCUAUUUACUUUAGCUAGCUGUUGUAUACAGCGAAAGUGGGUCGAUAUUUGACUGCAUUGAAUGUCUAUGAGGCGGUGCCUGGAAGGAGACAAGUGCCUUAGAGGAGUGCCGGCAACGAAGGAAAUUCAUGGAGCAACGCAGUCAGAUCAUGGUAACCAGGUGUUCCGUUUACUUUUCUAAACGGUGCUCAGGUGGUAGCCAAGAGGAGGGAAAGUUUUACAGCAUAAAUGUAAAAAGUAAAGGAAAAAUAAGAGGCAAACGUUACAGAGUGCAUCGCUGUUGUAUUGCAUUGCUAACGAACGAAUCUUCGUUUCAUAAAUGUUUAUAGUGUCUUCGCACAGUUAUUGGGAGUAAGUUUUCUAAUUUAGAAUGAUAAUAUUCGUUGUAUGUUGGGGCCAACGACUAUAUCUAGGAAUCAAAUGAGCCGCAAGCCGUUGCGUUUAUAAUAAGAACAUUGCUUCUCAACGCAAUUUUCGUCCCAAACCGACGGCAUAAACAGUAGCUUGUUUCUAUUAAACAAAGUCUUUACAGUUGAUUGCCAGUAGUAAAAUUGCUAUUAUAUAUUUCAUUAAUGAGUAUACCCCGUGGCCUUUUGCUAGUUACCUCUAAUGUCACCUAGCGAUACGCGUAACACAGCAACUUCGAGCUUAUGCUGAAUCCUUUUGUAAAUAUACAAUAGAUUUAUGUGCACAGGUAAUAAAAUGUUGUGUGUUUAUUUAGAGAGAUAAAGAAAAUAUCAUAAUCCAGCUUGUUGUGAGCGGUAUUCCUGCUAAACUUACAUUUCGCAUGAAGUUAACUAAGGGCUAAAUGAGAAAUAAGCUAGGGUUCGGCUAGAAACGAAAAGCCGAUUUUAGAGUCUCGCACUUGACAACAGUCACACACACAACACGAAUCACAUUUUUUUUGUGGAUCAAAGCUUUUUUUUGUGUGAAGUUGAUCAAAACACGCCAUUGACGCGAUUGGUCGAGAAGGUCGAAGAGCCUGACCCAUUCACAAAAGAAGUUGGGACAGGGACGCCACAGGCGGAAACGAGCGGGUUACAACGACACUGCAAAGGUGUGUACGCCGAUUUAACUAUCAUCUCGGCUCGAUGUCGUGUUCAACAACCUGGGUCUAGCGACGAGAAGGUUGCAAUUAAUUUCCACCUAAAUCACGAGCCUGCGCAAUUCAUGGAUAGGCUGUUUCAGGUCGCGGAUUAUGUUUAGCCUACGUGAUCCCUGGGAAAACAUUUGAUUGAGACAAUCUACUGUUUGUAGCUCAAACUAAGACCACUAGGCUAGGCUAACAGAACAUUCCGAGUCGAUACAAAGAUUAGUUCUUUUCAAAUAGAAUAGAAAUAAAAUUCUGCGUUACUGUUCUAGCCUGCCGUUGGUCAACGAUCAAUAA